AUGAUUGUCAAUAUUAGUAUUUUUCCAACCAUGCAACACUUAUCAGUAGAAUUGGAACCUGAAACAAUUAUUGAAGAUCUUAAAGAGUUUUUAUUCGAAUACUGCAAUUUAAAGUAAUAUUUUUUUUUUAGUUAAAAAGGUUUAAAAAAAAUGGAUGGAGUUGUUAUUCAUAAAUAAGGAAAUGCCUUUUGUAGCCUUAUUAACAGUUGGGAAAUUACCAUCAGGAUACUAUAAUAUUUUAUUUUGAUGAAAGUUCUGAAAGCUAAGAAAAAUAAGAAAGCUCAGAAAGCUCAGUAAUCAUAAACUUGGAUGAUUCAUUAAAACUAGAAACUAAUAAAAGUGUGAAUCUUCAUUAAAGUUCUUCUUAUAUAAUAUUUUCAAAUUACUAAGAAAAUAUUAUGUCAACUUAAUCAAUCAUAAAACCUUUAGAUGAUAGCAUUCAACACAAUAUGAAUGAAAAAAUUGAGGAUUCUAAUUUAGAAGAUAAAAAGAAUAAUUAUAUCAUUCAUAUUAUUGUGCAUUUUUAUUCUCUUAUGUUUGCUUUAGAUUUAGACUAAAAUUCUAAAAUUCAAGAAAUCUUUGAUGAACUUUUUUAUCAUUAUAAUUAAAAACAUAAAAAUUUAAAUAUAAAUGAUAGAAUUAAUCAAUUAGUUUGCCAUUCAUAAAAAAGAAAUUGUUAUUUAAAAUUUGAUGAAAUAGUUGGAAAUUAUCCUAAUGAUGUUUUAACAUUUAAAAAUCUAUAAGAUCUUAAUUAAAGCUCAGUAAUAUAAUCAGAUUAUAUUUUUUUAAAAUAAUUAUUAUCAAUUUAUGUCAAAGUGGAUUAAAGAAACCUAGAGGUGAUGGAAAUUAAUAAAAAUACAUAAAUAAAAGAUAUUCUAUCAUCUAUUAAGAAUAAAUACAAGUAAAAAUAUUUAUAAAUUUUAGAAUAUAAGAAAACUAUGAUAAAUGGAGAUGUUACUCAGAGGCUAGAAAAUGUUAUCUAAAUAUAUAGUAAUAAUUUGGAGAUUACCCAAAUGAUUAAUUAAUUAUCUCAACAGAAUAUGAAUUGUAAUAGUAUCAAAUUUUAUAACGGAUAAAAUAAAUGAAGAACGAAAUAAAAGAUAAAAUCAAAUAUAUUAAAACUUCUAUUUUAAAAGAUUUAAAUCAAAUAGAAAAAUAAAUGACUAAUUGUUUGAAGACUUAAAAAGAAACAAUCUUAAAGUUAUUUUCAGAAAACACAUUAGUAACUACUUAGAAAUUACGUGAAUAUAUUCUGGAAAAAAAGAAAGAGAAUAUUAAGAUUUAUAGGAAUACCUUGUAAUUGUAAGAAAUUACUUAAAAAUGGAGAAAUGAGUUUAAUCAAAUAGGAUGUUAAAAAAAGGUGGAAAAUUAAGAAGUCAAUUUAUUAAUUAAUAAAUAAACUAGCGGAAUAGAAUUAUUAUAGUAUCUUAAAGACUAUUUUAGCAAUUUAUAGGUAAAAAAUAAAACAGGAAUUGAUUUGCAAUGCUAUUCUGUAAAAUAUGAAAAAAUAAUUGAUUUAGAAAAUUAAUUAUUAUUAGAAGUGCAAUAAGAUGAUACUAUUGUUAUUGGAAAUUUUUUAGUGAUAUUUAGAUAGUCUGAUGAAAAUGAUUUUGAUUUGAAUGUUCAGAAAUUGUAAUGA